AUGUUUUUUGAAGGAAGUCUCCAGGAAGGGAUUGCCCUGGCUGUGAGCGAGGUCAAAGCUGUUGUCUGUUUCGUUCGAGAUGACACGCCCACCAGCUCCGAAUGGGAGGAUGAGUAUUUCGCAGGCGAAGAGCAGUUCGCAGCCCUUCUGAAGGCUAAAUCAGUGCUGUUGCGGUUGUCGGCUGGAAGCCAGGAAGUUGGGUUUUUGACCUCUUUCUGUCCGAUUGCCAAAUUCCCGGCGGUAGUUGUUAUCAGAAAUGGAAUGUUGCGCGAAUACAUUAUCCCAGACAUUACGAAAGACGACUUUCGCCGCCGACUGACAGCUGCUCUUGAAGAGCAGCCACCUCCCCCCGUCGUGCCAGAGCCAGUACGCUUAUCGCAGCAACAGACCGAAGGAGGAAAUGCGCCCGAGAUGGUUCCGGUACCUCGUCCUGCUGUAUCUAGCCACCAAGCUCCUCAACCGUCACCUGCUUCCAGCACAACACGGGAAAGUCAGCCGCGUGAUAACGGAGUUGAGAAGAAGACCGAAAGUACCGAACAGUCGAAGAAGAGUAAAUUCACCAAGAACCCCAGCCCAGCGACGCAGAAAUCUGUCCAGCCAAAGCAGGAACGCCAAGUGACAUCAGCUGCAGCGAAGCAGAAUAAAGUCACGAGGGACUCGAGUCCGCAAGUCUCCAAGCCCAAGAGCCCUCCGAUCAACAUACAUUCUUCUCUUCCACAAACCCCUCAAGAAACUGGACCGUCUCCGCCGACCCAAUAUCGUCUCAGCGUCCGCCUCUUCGAUGGUAGCUCUGUGCGGUCGAGCUUCUCUCCUUCGCAAACCAUUCGGAGACAUGUUCGACCAUGGCUUGAGGAACAGCUGGCUGGUGAGAGCCGGCCAUUCAACCUGAAACACAUUCUGACGCCGCUUCCUAACCGGAAUCUUACCAUCGCCGAAGAGGAGCAGACGCUACAAGAACUUGGCCUGGGACCAACUGCGAGCCUGGUCAUGGUUCCGAUCUCUUCCUAUACAGAAGCCUACACCGGGUCUGAGUCCAGCCUUCCUGUCCGCGGGGCAUAUGCAGCCUAUGGGCUUGUCUCCUCGGCCGUCGUUACUGUUUCAGGUCUUGUUGGCUCGUUCCUGGGAUACGGCCAGACACAACCGCCCCCAAGUGAGUCACAACCGGUGCCGGAGACACAAUCUACUCCAUCGAUGGGCGGCGCCAGCCGCCCAAGGCCUUAUAACACAUCCCGAGGACCCCAUAUCAGGACCCUCAGGGAUCAGUAUGAUGAAAGAAAUAACAGUCAAUUCUACAACGGAAACCAGCUCAACUUCGAACCCCAGGAUGAGUGAGUCUUAUCCAGGGGCCUUGCCUUGAGAAGUACCGGCGUGGUCACUACUAUAUCAUGCGGGUAAUCCCCAUAUCGUAUAAUUAUUCUUAUUUUACGGAUGUAGCAGAUUGAAUGUAUAAGGGAAAGAAUGGUUGUAGAGUGGAAUGGGAUCACUUUCAUUAGUGAUAUCGUCUUUUUCAAUUUUUUGCUCUGUUUGUUCGAGUUUAUCCUCUUACUUCGUGUCUCUUCUAUGAGACCCUGGUCCAGGGAUGGAACCGUUGAAAAUACAAAUGUUGGUUGGUAUACAUGACCCGAUCAAAAGCGACUGGAUUUGUG